AUGGCCACACCCACUCCUUUGUCGCCUCCCGUCUUCUCCAUCCCAUGUCACUGGACACUCUUAUCUUCAGCUCAAUUCAACGUCACUUUGAGAGCGAUGCAUCUUGGCUAUACGAUUACUUUCCUCUUCCUUGCGAGCUUCGAUGUCGCUUCUCAAUCAGUCUAUGCAUCGGCUCUCCGCCUCGGCUUCCAAAGCUUGCCCAAGCUGACUCCGCGCCAGCUCGCCGUGAACCAGCUCGUCAACGCAUCUCGCAUUCUCGCCUCGCAGGGGGUCGCAGACGACUGUGCCGGGCACAUCUCCAUCCGUGAUCCGCUCUCCCCAGACACGUUUCUGAUCACUGGUGGUAGCAGGACACCCACUAAAAUGACUCCGGCCGACGUUGCCGUGGCUAGGAUCAAUGAUUCGCAGGUCAUUUCGGCCGCUCUUGACGAUCAUGAGCCUCCGAUCCGCCCUGCCGAGAUCUUCAUCCACUCGUCCAUCUAUCAGAGGUUCCCCAACACGACGGUCAACAGUAUCGCCUACUACCAAGCCGAGCAGCUGCUGCCUUGGUCUCUCUUCGCUUCGGACUCCGCCGGUGUCAACACAUCUCAAGUGACGGCAGAUGACCUCACUGGUUUCUUCGCAACGACUGCAGGCGCCUCCUUCAUGGGACCUCAUCCCGCCCCGGUCUUCAGCGUCUUUGACGACGAUCCCGACGCGACAACGAUUGCCGUCGACGAUGCGGCCAAGGGCUUCUCGCUAGCGACUUUGUUUGGUCCCGCUGAUGCUGCAGUCGCUAGUGUCAACGAAACCGACGGAUUUAGGCCUCUGGUGCUGAUGCGUAACGAUGGAGCCACCGUCGUCGGAACCACGGUCCCCGAGGUCACCUUCCGCUUUGUUCAGGCGGUGAAGAGUGCCAGGAUCCAACACUGCGCAUCGAUCCUCUCGGCACAGAACGGAUCGGUCCCGCGCUUCGUGCCGGCUCAAGCGACCAAAACCAGCGACGAGUAUCUUCGCAGCUGGCUGCUGUGGAUUUCGCAGGUGGAGAACGCCAUGGCUGCGGACGUGGCCCGCAGCCCGGAGCUGUGGGCCGGCAGUGGCAAUGCGGCUGCUACAGGUGCCGGCAGCGAGAAUGCUGCGAGUAUGAAGGCGCCGCUGUCGAAGGGACUGGCACUCUUCGUCAUCUGCUCCACCUUCUCUUUGACAUCCCUGCUCUCGCUUUGA